AUGCCCCUGUCGACCACGCUCAAGGCUUGCACCCGAUCCAUCAGGUUGCGUUCUCCCUCCUCCAGCUUCGGAAGCUUGAACCACUACCAUCAUGUGCCGAACAUCCAGCGACUCAAUGGGACACGAUUCAUCCAUGACACCGCUCCUCAGAAACCUGCUGGCUGGAGUGGAACUCAGUUCCUCGCCCUGAGUACGACGCUCGGCCUUGGUUUGGCUGGGUUGGUUGAAUAUGGGCUACACUACACCCAGGCGAACGAUGCCAGUAGCGAUACUGGGGCGCCACUAGCCAAUUCCUAUGGCUCAACGGCGGAUGUCAAGCUAGCCAUUGAAGAGCUGCGCACAGCCUUACCUGGGCAUGGACAGGUCGACACAGAUCCCGACGCUUUGCGGACAUACGGAUCCAGCGAGAACUCGUACCACCCGACGUCUCCUCAUGCCGUUAUUGUUCGACCGAGUUCUACGGAAGAUGUGGUUAAGAUAGUCAACAUUUCCAGGCAGUACAGAGUUCCUAUCACGGCAUAUAGUGGUGCUACAAGUCUCGAAGGACAUUUCGCUGGGUUUCCUAGCGGCAGUAUAUGCAUCGACUUGUCCGGAAUGGAUAAGAUUUUGGAGAUUCACGAGGCCGACUCUGACCUAGUCUGUCAAUCUGGGGCGCGGUGGGAAGACGUCAACGCUGCAUUGAAAGAAAAAGGGAUUCCUCUGUUCUUUCCUUUAGACCCAGGGCCUGGUGCAACAAUAGGUGGAAUGGUUGGUACUGGAUGUAGUGGCACCAACGCCGUGCGCUACGGCACCGCGAAAGCUGAAUGGUUCCUCAACUUGACGGUCGUCCUUCCCAACGGCGAGGUGAUCAAAACCCGCCGCAGAGCCAGAAAAUCCUCCGCUGGUUUUGACACCACCAAGCUGUUCAUCGGUGCUGAAGGUACACUCGGUAUCGUAACGGAGGCAACACUGCGCCUGGCGCCGCUGCUACCUACUAAGGUUGCUAUGGCCCAAUUCCCUGAUGUUCAGCACGCCGUCAGCGCGGUUCAGGAAAUACUGGCCUCGCCUUAUGGGCCACACAUCCAAUGCGUCGAACUACUCGAUGACCACAUGAUGAAGGCAAUCAAUAAUGCAGGACUCGUCGACCACCCAUAUCCCGUCCAGGACAGCCUGUUCUUCAAAAUACAAGGAGACGACCCUGCCGUCAGGUUAACUUCCAAGGUAGUGCAGACUAUCGUGAAGAAACACAGCGGAUCUCGGUUCGAAUUCGCUGCUACAGAUCAAGAAGCGGAAGACCUAUGGGAGAAUAGGAAAUAUGCAUUAACGUCCAGCCUUGCGGCUCAUCCGGGAUCCAGAUGUUGGACUACGGAUGUUUGUGUCCCAGUAUCACAUCUCCCGAGACUUGUUCUUGAGACGAAGAAAGAUCUUGCUGAAGCUGGUUUGAAAAGCACGAUUGUUGGACAUGUCGGCGAUGGCAACUUUCACGCUUUGAUUCUGUUCCAUUCACCUGAAGAGCUGCAAGCAGUGAGCGAGGCAGUCCAUAGGCUCGUUCAUCGCGCGAUUGGCAUGGAUGGGACUUGUACUGGCGAGCAUGGCGUGGGAGUGGGUAAAAAGGAAUAUCUUACAGACGAAUUAGGUCCUGGAACGGUACAACUAAUGAGGACGAUCAAACGAGCUGUCGAUCCUCUCAAUUUAUUGAACCCAGGAAAGCUUUAUCCAGAUUAA